UCUGAUCCCUCGAUAGCAACUUAUCGGCAGUCGAUUGUUUUUUGAGCGCUCUUAAACCAGAAUUUGCAAAUUGCAAGUGUUUUUCAAUAAACGCCUCGCGAAUUCCCGCGCGACUUGCUCCAGGAUGGCAGAUGUACGCUUGAUUGUGAGUGGGUCACCAGCAGUACACCUGGAACCGGAUAUUAUUUACCGUAUUGGUCGAAAAAAGGGUUUGGAAAUCAGCAUUGCCGAUGAGUCAAUGGAGUUGGCCCAUGCAACCGCCUGCAUCCUCCGGCGCGGAGUUGUGCGUCUGGCCGCCCUGGUGGGCCGGAUCUUCGUCAACGGCCAAGAGAAGACUGUAGUAGACAUCGGCCAGGAGGAUGCCUUCGCUGGCAAGGUGAAACUGCGGUUCGGAAAUGUGGAGGCCCGGCUGGAAAUCGGAGAGGAGAACGAUGAGGCCCACGACAGCAGCGGAUUCGGUGAGUGCCUCAAGGACCGGUCAAUCAACAUUACCACGGACAGUUGUGAUAUACCAGAAACCCAGCCUCCGUCAGCGAACACGACUAUUAACACCACGGGUGACAGUUUCUUUGUACCUGAGACCCAGGCGGUUGCCGUUCAGAGGCCGUCGACCGUUAAAAAAGUGUCGCUGGGCGAUGACUUUGUAAUACCAGAAACGCAGGAUCUGCUAACAGCCCUACCGCCAGCACAGCCUGAUGCACCUGUGAUUAACCAAGAGUUAAUGCUGGACAGCGAUGCUGAUUCAUCCGAAGGCAGCCUGAUCCGCAUGUGCACCCAGGACUACAACGAAGAUGCCAUCGAUGAUUUUGACUCGUCACAAAUUCUGUGCGAUGUGCUGCCUCCUCUACCGCCACCUAAACCUAAAGAAACUCCAGAAGAAAACAAAAAACAAGAUGUAUUGGACGCCACUGACUUAGAAAUGAGCGCCCUAAACUGGUCAGCCAGCAACUCCAAAUUCUGUGCUCUAAGUAGCACCAAAGCGGAAAAAGUCCCGCCGCGUAGCGAUGCUUGCAUUACUCCCGAUCUAACCGCUCCCUCCGAUAAUCUGCAGAUCUGCACGCCAGAUCUGUUGGAUUUGAUCAUGGACGGAGGUGCGCGUGCAGGAUCUAGUAGUCCAGAUCUGUUUAUUCGUCCUGCAAAUAAAACAAAUACCACCACACCGCAGUUUGGCGGAAUCAAACAGCUGGUUGUGGCCACCAUUGAAACGCCAACCGCAACGCCCGACAAAGAGGAUGCAGCCAGCAGUCAGGAUAUCAAUCAGGAUAUGAUUGCCACUCAACGAUUUCCCGGGAAUAAAUUGUUGGAAAGUGACGUAGAAGAUGAUGAUUUACCAAAUCAAGAUUUCGUGCCCACCCAGGCGUUUAAUUUAGGACGUCCGCAACCAAGUGAAGGUCCUAAAUCAUCGGAAGAUGAUGAACCCAACCAAGAUUUUAUAGCCACUCAGGCGUUCAACUUGGGUCGCCCACAAACUGUAGGCUCUUCAGAGCCAGGCAAUGAGUCCUGUAACCAAGAUUUCAUAGCCACUCAAGUUUUCCCCAGUAACAACUCUCGGUGCCAGGACUUCGUAGCCACACAACCUUUUCAUUUGGUCAAGCAAGCAUCUUUAAAUGAAGGAAACAAAGAAAAUAUUUCACGCAAGCCCAAUACCAAAAAAACUUCAGGCUCAAAGUUCUUUGAAGAACCUUGUGAUGAGAUAGAUGCUGUGCUUAAAGAAAUGAUUUCAGGAACGAUAGCGACUUCACCUGUAAAUCCUAACGAAGAGCCAAUAAAAUUCUUUGAGCCAUGUGUGGUUAAGGAUAAGAAUCACUACCAAAAGAUUUGCCAGAUUGAGGGAGUUUUUAGUGAUCUAAGCAACAAAGCUCGUUGGCGAAAUGAUGCAACUAGCGAUGGCAGCCGCAAACGCAUAGCCAGGUCGGAAUCUCCUCCAGCAACCCCAAGCCGAAAAAAUCAAAGAUUGGAGAGUAAAUUGAGAAAACGCCGAGCAACUUCAGUAGAUAAAAACUCAGAACCUCUAAGCAAAUCUCUUUGCAUUGAACUUGAGGUAAACCCGAUUCCGGAAGAGCAAGAAAAGAUCGAUAAAAAAGACUCCGCUUUCAAGGUGGAAGUCAACCAAUGGCAAUCUCGAAGAGAUCGCAUCAAUAAAAGAGUUGACGCUCCAGGAAAACCACUAGAGGAGGACAAAGUUAAAGCUGAGGUUGAGAACACACCUAAAAAAGAGUUAUCUAUCAAAAAAGAAACGAAAACCCGACGUAAAAAACUCAAGAACACGGAUACAAGUAAGGACGAAACAGCAAAGGAUGUGCCAAUAUCGAGAACCAGACGAAAAACUAGCGUUGAUAUUGAGAUGCUUCCUGAGAAAGAAAAAGAGACCAAUUCUGCGAAAACAACUAAAGCGGACGAUUCCAAAAAUAGUUCCCAAGCAUCGCCUAAAACAUCACGAAAAACAAGCGGUGAGACCCCUAAUGCAGAUAAAGCAGUAAAAUCAAAAAAAGAAAGAAAGUCGAACAUUGCGGAGAUCAGCAAAGAGAAACCAAUCAAGGAUAUCCCCAAAGGAAUUAUUAGAACCCGGCGUCAAACUACAGAGGAAGAGGCUAAAAAAGCAAGCAUGACCGAAAAAAGUAGGUCAAAAGAAUCCAAGACUAACGACGACGAAGCUGAAACAGCUAGAGAGGUACAACCCUCGAAGUCGGUUGAGGCAAAGAAGCCUAGGCGCGCUGUAACUAAAAAGGGAGACACAUCUAAGGAUGUGUCGAAAGCUGAGACGCCUAAUACUGAAAAACUUGUCAAACCAGGGAAAAAGACUAAGAAGGAUGAGGAGACAAGUAAAGCUGACACAUCCAAAGAUACGAUGAAGCCAAUUACCAGAAAUACGCGCAAAGCUAGUGAAGAGAAAGCUGAGGUUGCUAAUCCAAAGAUCCCUGUUAAAUCAGAAAAGGGAAAAAGAACAAUCGUUGAGGCAAGUAAGACGGAUUCAUCCAAGAAUGAGCCCAAAACAACUACCAGAACAAGGCGCAAAACUCUCGUUGACGAUCCUGAGACACUUAAUGUUGAGAACCCAAUAGUAAGCGUGCCAUUAAAACGUGCGGUUGUGCGUUUAUCCAGAACUAGUGUUGACCAAACCACUGCCCAACCACAUUCUUCAACGCCGUCUGUUGAAAAGGUUUCAUCCAGCACCGCCGCUGGCAAAAGGCCCAAAAAAGGAGCAGCUAUUGAAGAGCUAUCCAGUAGUUCGAUUAAUACAAAGAAGGCUAGAAUUUCUGCUGAUGAGGAGAAUUCUAUAAACAGAUUAGGAGCCACCACUACAAGAUUAAGUCAGCCCGACCCGGAUCCCCUGAAAGCCUUCAAUCAAUAUGUAAGAAAGGCCAAGGCGGACGGAAAAAUUAAGAUAGCAUUCACGAUGUGCAAUCGUCCGGCGUUGGAAUCCGUCUUGAAGGCCCUGAAGCAUGUGGUUGAGACCACCGAAGAUCCUUUGCAGUGCGACCUCCUCAUCAUGGACAAAGGGGAGCGCACCUACAAGUUCCUCACGGCCAUAGCUUCCAACAAGCCCGUUCUCUCCACAAAUUGGUUGCAUUCCGUAAAAAAGAACAGAAGCAUCGACAUAAAGGCAGAUCAUCUGUUUAAUGAUGAUAAGUUCAAGGAGGUGUAUAAGUUUAAACCACUAUCUGUAAUGGAGCACUCUCGUGUGUUGAGUGGUUUGCACUUCAUGCUUGGCGAAGACAUCAUACCCAAGCCAAACGAAAUGAAAGUCAUCAUUCAAAGCGCCGGCGGGAAGGUGCACAUCCAGCCGCCUUCACUGGCCGUCAGUGUCGAUCUUUAUGUGGUUACCACAAGCAAGGACACGAAAUUCAAGCGGCGCCUGAACAACUACGAGAAAGUGCAUUUCAUUAAGACCGAAGGCGUCAUGCAGGCUCUCGUCCAACACAACACGGAACUCCUGGACGAGCACAAGCUCAAACUUUAAGGGCCACGAUUUGUAUUAUAUUUAAUUUUUUUGAUACGUGUUUUUUGUUUCUCAAUCUUCUACAGCCACUUUCAAUGCUGUUCUGUUUAACUAAGCGAAGUACAUCACAUUACCACAAGGAACGUUUAGAUGGAGCUUUAAAUUUAAGUAUUUGUAUUAUAUUUAGUUUUUGUUUCAUGUUUUCUACGGGUUAACUCAGAUUCGGCCAUACAAAUUUAGUUGUACAAAUUGUUGCAUUUCCAUGGCUUGUCAAAUAAAUCCUUACGAUUGUCCUACUGCCUAUUACUA